GUUGGAUGAGUUGUGUAGUGCAGAGUUCGAGUGAGAGGCGAGAGGUGAGCAGCCGAGAAGUAGACGACGAACAAAAUGGCGGUCGUAGCGAAGUUGUUGCCGAUCCUGUGAUUUUCUUGCUCGCAAUUUGACACGAUUGUCGUCUGGGAAUCAAACAAGGUUGUUCCUGGCACGUAAUACCAGUCAACAAUAAGAAUAACUGACAAUUGUUUUGAAGUGGGUGGUUUGAUAAGUGAAUUGUAUCGUCGGCCUGAUGCGGGUCGCAAACGAAUCAUUUAUUGCAAAUGAUGACUUCAAUGCUGCCUAGUUUUAAUCCACCGAUCGUGAAGAGGUUGCUGGGUUGGAAAAAAGGCGAAGGUGAGGACAAAUGGAGUGAAAAAGCUGUGAAGGGUCUGGUUAAAAAACUGAAAAAAUCCGCGGGACUAGACGAACUUGAAAAAGCUAUUACUACUCAAAGUUGCAACACCAAGUGCAUUACUAUACCAAGACCCAAUCCUGGAGGAAUCGGUGACAACGGAGUCCAAGGUAUUAGAGGAAAAGGCUUGCCUCACGUUAUAUAUUGUCGCUUGUGGCGUUGGCCGGAUUUGCAAUCACACCACGAAUUGAGAGCUAUUGAACAUUGUGAAUACGCAUUCACUCAAAAAAGAGACGAAGUUUGCGUUAAUCCAUACCAUUAUCAACGAAUACAAACUCCAGUCUUGCCUGCAAUCUUGGUCCCGAGGCAUAGUUUGUCCGGCGACGAAUCUGUGUUGUAUAAUACUUCACUAGAAGAGUUAAGCGUCAGCGUACCCGAAAACACAAGCUUCCACGCAACAUUAAAUCAUCAACACCACAACCAACAGGGCAUUCCGCAAUCUCCCCAACAACAGCAACCGAACAAUCCUUAUCAGGGAAUGCAGAGUAUGCAAGCAACGAGUCCUGCAAGUGUCGGGAGCUUAGGAAGUGUCCAAGGGUCACCCCGUCCGGCACCAGGAUCUAUGGAUCCUCCAGCCGACACACCACCGCCUGGUUACAUUAGCGAAGAUGGGGAUAAUAUGGAUCAUAACGACAACAUGUCCCUCUCACGCUUGUCUCCUAGUCCAGUCGAUGCACAGCCAGUUAUGUACUGCGAGCCAGCAUUUUGGUGCUCAAUAAGUUACUAUGAACUUAAUACAAGGGUUGGCGAGACAUUUCACGCCUCUCAGCCAAGUAUUACAGUUGAUGGUUUCACGGAUCCAAGUAACUCUGAACGCUUUUGUCUGGGCCUUUUAUCCAAUGUUAACAGAAAUACAGUUGUCGAACAAACUCGACGGCAUAUCGGCAAAGGAGUGAGACUUUAUUAUAUCGGUGGUGAAGUAUUUGCUGAAUGUUUAUCUGAUUCGAGUAUUUUUGUGCAAAGUCCCAAUUGUAACCAACGCUACGGAUGGCAUCCUGCGACAGUCUGCAAAAUACCACCUGGUUGUAAUCUUAAAAUUUUCAACAACCAAGAGUUUGCCGCUCUUUUGUCCCAGUCGGUAUCUCAAGGUUUCGAAGCUGUGUACCAGUUGACACGGAUGUGUACAAUCCGAAUGAGUUUUGUAAAGGGUUGGGGAGCUGAGUACCGUCGGCAGACUGUUACCUCAACGCCAUGUUGGAUAGAGUUGCAUUUAAAUGGACCACUUCAAUGGCUCGACAGAGUCUUGACGCAGAUGGGUUCGCCUAGGCUGCCAUGUUCAUCAAUGUCUUAAAAGACAGGUUACAGAUCAAAGACCUUACUUGGUCAAGUGUCUCAAUGCUAUGCUUGGGCUCACGGCAUGGUCGUGACCAAAGGCGAACAGAUUAUUUCCAAUCAACCGUUUCGACUGCAGUUUAGAAGUAACUACCGAAGUUCAGAGUCAUGUUAAGUUAACAGAACAAAGCAUGGAAUAAGUAGAGAGAUUACGAAAAUUCCAUCAUACUUGACAAAAUUAAAAAAUCAUCUGAUCUGGAUGAUACAUCCAAUGGUGACAGUCUCAUGAGGAGACAAUACAUCGUUUGAAUGCAACAUUAUUUGUAUGCAUGUAUCGUGAAACACAUGUUAUUCGAAUCUGGCUAAACGGUUGAUCUUUAUUUUACGGGUGUCUUCUAGCUUGACUUUAUUUUUUUCACCCUGGCUACCUAGUUUCAUUCAGAUGUCAAGAAAAAUGUUCCAUGAAAGAAUACCAUCUGAUCUUGGGAAUACUUGAGCUGUUUAACAGAACCUUCUUUUGGUAUUUUUUUACAUAUCCUUUUUCUUAGCAACAGAACCAGAUUAGGGGUUGAAAACUAAAAAUGAUUGUGAAACAAGCACCCUCUGACGAACGUAUGGCUCGGAAGUAUGAUCGAAGAGGUAUAUGAUCGCGGAUGUCAAUAACAUUUUUGUCACAAAGAUUAAUUAAAAAUACCAUCUGUAUUGGCUUAAGAGAUGGCUGAUUUUUGAACAGCUACUUUAUGGAAAAACUUGAAAUACUUACACGAAUCUUUAAUGGUUUUAAUUUUUCACAUUUUACUGGCUAAUGUGCUUGAAAAUAUACAGAUGAACUGGUUAUUGAGAAUCGAUUGGUUACUCGUAGAGUCGAAUGGAAAGAUUGAUUUUUUAAUUCAAUAGAUCCCGUGGACCUCUGAAAAAUUGGAAGAAUUAACAAUGAGCCGUGGCGGCUUAUAUCGAGAUUGCUUAUAUGUUUGUAUCUCUUUACUAGUCUAACAUAUAACAAAUAUUUAUUGUAUGUUAUUUUAAACUUAUUCAACGAUUCAACCUCAACACCAAAUCAAACCAUUUGUUGUUUUGCUCUUUUCAAAUUCAACUACUAGAGUAUUAUUUAUUAUAAAACUGUACAUUAUUUUGACAAAAUUGGUCAGAGUUUGACAUUUAGCAAUAUUGAAAAAUUUAGUAUAGUACUUUUCUUCUGUAUUUUGUCUCAAGCUUCAAUAUUUGUUAUAUUAACUUACCAAUCAGCUAAAAUUGACACAUUAUACUAUUCCUAAAUUGGUUUAAGCGAUGAAGGCUUUGCCGCGUCUACAUUUAGUAUGAUUUCACCUAAUGCAGCAAGCAAUGAGCCGAUACCACAUAUUUACCGAUAUCCUAUUAAUAUAGGUGUAAAAAUCAAUUCUUCAUGGAAGAAGAUUCAAGCGUUACUUCUCUUUCGAACGCGUUUUUGAAAUUCUACAUAUCCAUCGAAUUCGCAAUUUUCUAUGGGUUUCAAGUUGACCAUCAUAUCUCGAAAUAUGGUCGGCUCCAUAGAUUGCAUAGGGGUGAGGGGUGGCGAUCAUUUAGCGUGGUUUUAAAGCACUGAUACGAGUAGUCUGAAUGAAUUAUUGGAACAGAGAUAAAUGUGCGUGUUGCUGAUAAGGAGAAUUGGUGAAUGAAUUCAUAUUUUUAUACCUUGGGUCAAAGAUUAUUCAGAUUGUAAGUGGUUGGUGGUUAUUUUUAUAUUUGAAUCGACUCAUGGAAUAACUUCCUAUAUAAUUAAAAUGCGUCGUAAUUCAUUCGUUCUGUAGGUAUAUGAGAAAGUAAAUCAAACGUCGAAUCUUUUCCUCAAAGUUUGAUUGAAUUGCCACCGAUGAAAUACUCGUGCUUAUUUUUGAUUCAUCAUCUAUUACACAAGCAUUCACAAGAUUCAGUUCAUUAUCACAUUUGGCUUGAUAUAAUAAUAACAACCACAGCAAAAAUGAUGAUAACUCUAACGAUAAUAUUGAAAAUAAUUAUGUUAUAACAUUUGGACCCCUAAUAGGAUUGGUGGUUUCUGAGAAAGUAACCAGUGUCUGUUGCCUGUACACCAAACAUUCUAAAACAACACAUUUCCAAUAGGACGUUAUAAAAUCCGUCACUCCACUCAAUGUCUUCCAUGAAUAGUACUAGAUAAUUGUUCUCAAACAUUUUAUUAAUGGUUUUUGGUACAGCACAAUAACGUUUACACUGCCUUUUUUUUACAAGCAUCUAUAUUUAACAGAAUUUUUAAUACUUGUAAGAGCUCCUGAAGUUUUUGUGUAACGAACACAUACAAAUGGAUAAUGAAUCAUGAAAGAAUACGUGCUAAUAGAUAUACGUACAUGUUACACAACUUAUUGAAUUUAAUUCAUUAACAGGAUAAGUUUGCAUGUGUUUUUAACGGAGUAAUACAAUCAUCGUAAUGAAUGUGAAUCACAUAUCCGUGUACAGAAAUUUCAGAAAACCAAGUUUGUGUCCAGUUGAACAUACAUUUGAAGUUACGUAAACUUAACGUUUCUCAUCAGUGAUAUAAACGACAGUGAUUUAAAAAUUUUCCAUUACUUUUGUACUUGUAUCAAGACUACUUUAGUAAAAGUACAGUUAUUAUUCAUUCGUAUAACGUGUAGGUAUGCCGAGGUGAAAUCAUUUCAUAUCAUAAUGCAGCUUACUUUAAAUAAUUACAGUUUCAGCAAAGUUAAAUGUACAUGGAAUUGAUGAUGGUUGGAACAUGUAUGCAGAUAGCCUAAUACAUCAGCUUCCUCAUUUUCCAUCAUAAAACUCAAAUCAUUUUCAUUUCCAGUGUUUCAACUAGCGACGAAUAAUAAUUGCUGGACACAAUCAGAAGAUACAAAAAUCUUUGAGCUUCCAUCGUGUUCAGCGAAUCAUUACUCAUUGCUCGUAUCUUGAUAUUUUAAAAGCAAGAACAAAAUAGAGAAUAGGAUAUCGGUAUCGGCUCAUAAUGUGUUUGUAAUCCUGACGUAAAUUACUAUACGUAGAUAGACCUGGGUUCAUGAAAACAUAAUUGAAUAACAGCAAGUGAUAAUUACAUAUUUUAUAUAAAGUGUGUUUUUUUUUUUUAUUUUAUUUUGUUUUUCUUUUCUAAUCGUUUAUAGUGCCAUAGAUGUCAUGACCCCGGUCUGAAGUUACCUAUUUAUAUCAAGUAAUCCAAAUGUACACAAUAUACAAAGGCGUGCUCACAUGAAAGAGCAGUUCAGUAUUAGUGUAUGAGGCAUGCGAUAAUUGUGGCGGUGUGAUUUAACUCGUUGAAAUGCGGAAAGAAAAUUUCCCAUUAUACCUAUGCAUUAUCCUUGUGAGGCGAUAAAAAUUUGCUGCCUCAUCUGUCGCACUGCUAUUCUGAUCUAUAACUUUAAUGUAAGACUAAAUCUCUGAAAUCAAUGGCAACCAAAAAAAAAGAAAAGAAAAAACCUAAACAGUAUGUUAUAAAAUGUAUAACAUACAGAUUUCUUGUACUAUAUUUGGGUACUGAACGUUUUUAGCAUACGUGGUAUUCCAUGUGAAGUGGGAUUUUUUUUUUUUUUUUGUAUAAUACCCAUGAGUAGUACAAAAUAUCCACUGGUCAUCAAAAUUGGUGAUGGUGACUCAUAAAAGUGGUCCGCUUCGUGUGGAAUUCUACGUGCAUAAAACCACUCAAGCUACCUUUCUGAAGGUAGAAGAAAUAUCGCUACGUAUAACGGUGUCUUAUCUUAUAUGAUGUCAUAUUAAUAAUUAAUAAGUAUGAUAAGAGUACUACAUUAUAUCAAAGAAAUAUCUUAUAUACUUAUAUAUAAAAAAAUUUAUAUAUGUAUAUCGACAUAAUAUUGAACAAUACAAGAGAUACAUUAUUGUGAGCCGCUGUGUCUAAGAGGCUACAAAAUGUCACGGAAGUGAAACAAAAAUUUGAAAAAUGAAAGAUCAUGUUUUUAAUGUUAUACGGAGAGGGAAAAAAAAAACAAACAGAAAUUUGUCACUCGAUAUAAUUGAUGAAACGUUAUGGGACGUACAGGAUGGCCUGCUGAAAUGAUUAAUUAGUUUUAUCUGAUAGAGCAGUGAUUUAUUGCAGAAUAAAAAUUUGGGGUAAAUCAUAGUAAGCCACCCUUUAUACAGUACUCUUUACCCUCUUGACCAAAUCAACGAGGAUUGCGCUACAUACAGGGUGGUCCAGUAGAGACUAGAUAUUGUGUUACGAUCAGUUCUAUUUUAUUGCCGAACUAUUAAUUGAUUCGAUUUUAUUUUAUUCCAAAUUAAAUAUUGAAAUAUGUUCUAAGCAGUGUUUCUUAACUGAUGGGUUAUUAUAGUGAUAGAGUCUUGACAAGUUAGUCAAAUAUCUGGCAAUGGGCUGUGAUGAAGUAAAUUGUAGAACAAUUAUGGUAUGGUAUGUACUUAGUACGUGGUACUUUGCACACGUUGCCACUGAUCAUGUAUGAGGAUUGCUAUUGGGUUACGUACCGAAGAGGGCUGCCCCAAAUAGGAUUUCAUUGGAACUUUGUUUAACAAUCCUGGCAGUUUCAACCCCUGCAGUUUUUAGAUAAAGCUGAGUUCAAAAAUAUCAUGCUAUACUCGGUUAAAAAUUUGAGUCUUCCUCUGUUUAACUUUUUCGAUAAAAAUUAUUACCUAGGACGAAGAAAAACGAAGAGACAUUGUUAUUCCUCAUGUAAAUCCUUGUGAGAUUGGACCCUCUUUAGUAUGUAAUGUACAACGAAUGUAUCGUGAACACAUGUUGACAAGUGAAAUUUUUGUCAAGUCAAUUUGAAAGCGAAUAAAAGUUUUUUUUUAUUUGUUGUGUAAAGUACCAUGUGCUGCUUUGGAAUGGUAUGUCGUGUACUGAGGAACAUUUAUAGAAUAGCUUAUAUAUUUUGAACAGUUUCCUAUAUUCCAGAAUGAAUAACAAAAUUAUGUAUUUAAAAUAAUUUUUAAACGAUGUUAGUAUAUUUAGGCAUAAAAUCUGCUAUUUAUGGAUUACAGUUUUGUAUUAUUAAAUCUUUGAUUUCGUUUUUUUUCUACACCAUCUUCUGACGGUCCAGCGCAGGUACCCUUUAUCGUUGAAUUAAAGUAACAAAUUUAGGCAUAAAAUAGGCUUAUAAGAUUAGUCGAUAAUUAUAAAUUUGUAAUAUAUCCUAUAAUAUUAAUUGUUAUCAUAUAGUACUAAUAAAUUUCUUUAUCCAUGCAAAGCAUGAUAGUUUGUCAGACAAAAAAGAAAAGAAGAAAAAUAAUAAUAAUAAUAAAUAAAUGAAUAAAUAAAAAUAAAAAUAAAAAAAAAUAAAAUAAAAUAAAACAAAAAAUGAAGUGUAGUAAUAACGAAAUGUUGUACAAAUUGAAAUUGAUGGCAAUAUGUGAUCGGAGCUUAAAAAAAUGGUAAUUUGAAAUCAAAUCGAUGACCAUUGUGUGCUAUGAAAUUUUUUAAUCCGGCGAAGUUCGCCAAUACUCUAAAUUGCACAGCCUUUGAAAAAUUAAAACACUCCGGCGACCUCCUGCAAUAUUAAUAAAAUUACAGCAACAACGAAAGAAUUGCAUGUAAUUACAGCUUACAAUACUUACGUACAGAUAUAACAGAGCGUAAUUCGACCCAUUCCGAAAGUAUGUACAGUGAUUACGAAGAGUGUUGUGCAUUUUAUUAAUUAUGGGACUGAAAAAAGAGUUAAGAAACACUGUUGGAAUAUAUAUGUAUUUAUAUAUAUAUGUGUUUACAAUUAGGGUACAGAAUGCUUAUAUUUUCACUUGGGACAGAAUAUUUUGUUAUCGCUACGAAUCACUAUCUACGUCAGGGUCCAUGUUACGUGUUUCGUAUAUAGCGUUAUCCUAUGGGUUUAUCAAUAUAAGUGAAAGAUUCGAACGUGAAUACCAGAUAUAUUUCGGAUGGUAUAGCAGUUUGUGUCCAGAUUACAUCAAUGUUAUGGCAGAGGGGCUUAACUCUAUCGCCAUAAAUAUUUCUCAAAAUUAUAAAUGUUCAUUUAGCGAGUAACUGAUAUUUAUUUCAACAUUUGAAAAUAACCGGCCAAUAUUUUGCUGUAGCAAUAUUUUCGGAAUAAGUAACGUUUAUCGUGUUGAUGAAAAAAAAAAAUAAGAAUUUAUUUACAUUAUUUAAAAGAACAUGUUAGCGUUUCUCUUGUAUAAAUUUUAUUGAAUUAAUUAUUGAUUUGAACUAUAGUUUCAAAAAGCGAUUAUGUGUCAUUAGAAUUAAAAUAAUUAUUCUAUGACUUCUCAUUAACCUUAUGUAUAAAUAAAUCGUACAUACCUAUACAUA